AUGGUCGGCGACGGAAAUUUAUUGGAUGGUGGAAGAGUUCCUGCUGGAGGUGCUGUUGCUGUGGCUCCGAUCGCGAUGCAGUCUACUUUUACAGUCGAGCCAUUUGAUCGUCAUAAAAUGAAAUGGUCUCGAUGGGUUGAACGAUUGGAGGGUGCUUUCCUGCUUUUCGGAGUUCGUGAUGACGCGAAGCUGCCGAUGCUGCUACACUACAUGGGUGCGGAAACAUACGACGUUGUUUCAGACAAACUGGCGCCGGAAAAACCACAGACUAAAACAUACGACGAAAUAGUGCAAACUCUUGAAAACCAUUUCAAUCCGGAACCACUGGAAAUAUUGGAAAACUUUCGUUUCAAAUGUCGGAAACAGUGCGACGAACGUGCAGAUGAGUCAAUCGAUGAUUAUUUGAUUGCCCUAAGGAAGUUGGCCAUAACCUGCAAUUUUGGCAACUAUUUGAGUACUGCGUUGCGGAAUCAGUUCGUUUUCGGAAUAAAGGACCGCGGAAUCCAAGUACGUCUACUGGAGGUACGUGGCCUUACAUUGGAUCGAGCGCGAGAGAUCGCGGUAUCGAUGGAAGCAUCUGCGAAAGGUGGACAGGAGAUCCACUCACGUCAGGGAAAACCGGAUUUGAAUCUCGUCGAACAUCCACCUACAAAGCCUGCUAGAGGUAAAGUAAACAAAAAGUUUAUUGUCUCGGAGAAGAAAACAAAAUCGCACAAACACCCCGAUACGAAGAGGAGCGAAUGUUUUCGUUGCGGAAGUGCGGCUCAUUUUGCGAAUAAGUGUCCGCAUAUAAAAACUACAUGUAACUACUGCAAUGUAACAGGUCAUUUGCAAAAAGUUUGCCUGAAAAAAAAAUCUGCGGAAAAUAAGAAAAGCGAUUCACAUCAGGUUGAAGAAAGUGCGACAAAUAAAGUGAAACAAGCAAGUUUGCGAGCAGAUGAAAUUUGCGGAAUAUACGAUGCUGCUGAUUUCAAUAACAAUGCAGAUAAAUUUCGGUUGGAACUUCUAUUGAACGGCUCGAAAGUGAUAUUUGAAAUCGACAGCGGAUCGCCUGUUUCGAUUCUGAGUUUAUCGGAUUAUCAAAAAUACAUUCCCGGUAUUAAAAUGCAUCAUCCGGAUACUACUCUGGUAAGCUACAGUGGCAACACGAUUGAAUUGUGUGGGAUGUGCGCUGUUCACAUAAACUACGGCGGAAAAAAUCAUGAGCUGCUGCUGUAUGUUGCGAAAAAUAAAAAACAUCCUCUGCUGGGUCGUGGUUGGAUGAAAGUUCUAAAAAUCGAUGUAAAUAAAUUUUAUGAAAACGUUCACACGAUUGCGAUUACAAAUUGUGCUGAAUCAGUGAAAAGGCUAAUCGAGCGUUACGGAAGUGUCUGUGAGAAGUCGAUGGGAAAAAUCGAAGGCCUUACAGCGAAAUUACAGCUUAAACCGAAUGUAAAACCAGUGUAUUUGCGAGCACGGUCUGUUCCAUUCUCUAUCCGUCAGGCGGUUGAAAAUGAAAUCAAGAGUUUAGAGAAUGACGGUGUGCUAGUCAAAGUUAAUCACAGUGCUUGGGCCACACCGGUAGUCCCGGUAAUGAAACUGAACAAUCGAGUGCGACUUUGCGGUGACUAUAAGAUUUCGGUGAAUCCAAAUCUCGUGGUCGAUGAACAUCCCCUGCCCACCGUUGAGGAGUUGUUUGCAAAUGUGGCAGGUGGUGAGAAGUUUACAAAGAUUGACCUGUCUCAAGCUUAUUUGCAAUUAGAGGUCAGUGCGGACGAUCAGGAGAUUCUCACGUUAAGCACUCAUUUGGGAUUGUACAGACUGACGAGGCUGAUGUACGGUAUCAGCUCGGCACCUGCGAUUUGGCAACGGUUGAUGGAGGAGGUGCUGAAUGGAAUCCCGGGGGUAACAGUUUUUCUAGACGAUAUUCGAGUUACAGGGCCGAACGAUCAGGUUCAUUUGCAGCGUCUGGAGGAAGUUAUGAAGCGAUUAUGCAAAUACAACAUGCGGAUUAACCUUGACAAGUGUCAGUUCUUUGCUGAUCGCAUAGAAUAUUGCGGUUACUUAAUCGACCGAGACGGUAUACACAAGGUGCGAAGUAAAAUCGAUGCCAUGCAGAAUAUGCCAGUUCCUGAGAAUAAAGACCAGGUGCGUUCAUUCGUUGGAUUGGUCAAUUACUACGGUCGAUUCUUUCCACAUCUGAGUACAACUAUUUAUCCGUUAAACCGUCUUCUACGAAAUAACGUGACAUUCAAGUGGACUAAGGAAAGUAACGAUGCGUUCCUGAAAGUGAAGGAAGAAAUGCAAUCAGAACGAUUCUUGGUGCAUUACAGUACGGAGUUACCGUUAAUUUUGGCAACAGAUGCGUCUCCAUAUGGAGUUGGUGCAGUUCUUAGUCACAUUAUGCCGGACGGUACAGAAAGACCUAUAAUGUACGCGUCAAAAACAUUGAACGAUACGCAGCGUAGAUAUAAACAGAUCGAUCGUGAAGCAUUUGCGAUCAUAUUUGGAGUGCGAAAAUUUUACCAAUACUUAUAUGGACGGAAAUUUUUGUUGGUUACUGACAACGAGCCGGUGAAGCAAAUAUUCUCAGAGACAAAAGGGUUGCCAGCAAUGUCUGCACUACGGAUGCAACACUAUGCGACUUUUCUCGCUUCGUUUCGUUACGUCAUCAAAUUUCGUCCAACGAAAGAGCAUUAUAAUGCUGAUGCGUUUUCACGUUUGCCGGUUAGUACAAAGACACUGGACAACGUAAUUGAAGAAGUCGAUUUGUUAGAGGUUAAUAUAAUCGAAACGCUUCCGAUAAGAGUCGAGGAUUUGGCAAAAUCAACGGCUAUGGAUUCAACAGUGAAAAUACUGCUACAAGGGUUGAAAAAUGGAAAAACGGUAGAUGCACGUGACCGUUUCGGCAUCGAUCAAAUCGAGUUCGCCUUACAACAAGGAUGCAUUAUGCGGGGAAUACGUGUGUACGUUCCACCUGAGCUACUACCGAACGUAUUGAAAGAAUUGCACUCUACACACUUUGGUACAACGAGAUUGAAGUCGCUCGCCAGAGGAUAUGUCUGGUGGGAGCGAAUUGAUAAGGAAAUCGAGGAGCUCGUACGGAACUGUGCGAGUUGUCAAAUGACUCGUCCGGAGGCUGUGAAAGUGCCACUGCACUGUUGGGAAACCCCGAAAGAACCAUUCGAAAGAGUGCACGUCGAUUUUGCGGGUCCAUUCAUGGGAACAUACUUUAUUGUUUUUGUUGAUGCGUAUACAAAGUGGCCGGAAGUCAAAAUACUACGCGAUAUAACUACGAGUACCACAAUCCAUGCUUGUCGGGAAUUUUUCGCUGCUUACGGAAUUCCUGCUGUGUUAGUAAGCGACCAUGGUGUACAGUUCACGUCGGCUGAAUUCCAGAAGUUUUUGAAGCUCAACGGUAUAUUUCACAAAAUGGGUGCUCCUUAUCAUCCGGCGACCAACGGACAAGCAGAGCGUUUCAUUCAAACGUUUAAAUCUAAGAUGAAGGCUCUCAACUGCGACAAGUCGAGAAUGCAUACGGAGCUUUGCAACAUUUUGCUUAGUUAUCGUAAAACUAUACAUCCAGCUACUGGAAAAUCUCCGUCGAUGCUACUUUUUAACAGACAAAUUCGGUCUCGGCUUGAUCUUAUGAUACCGACUGCUACCUCCACCGUGGAAAGUCCACAUGUUAAUGUGAAAUGUCUCCCUGAGGGGACGAGAGUUGCUGCUCGUGACUAUUUAGAUAAGGAUAAAUGGAAAUAUGGUCAUAUUACGGAGAGACUGGGUAAACUCCACUACCACAUUCAACUGGAUGACGGUCGAGUCUGGAAACGCCACAUUGACCAGUUACGAGAAGUCGGAGAAAAUCUUCAGCCUAAACGCUCUGAGCUUCCCGCUGUCCGUUUUGAAGCGGACAACCUCCCCUUUGUUCAUCGAAGUUCUACAUCUACGUCUGAGAAACAUGACCCUGUUUCGAUAUCGGGUCCUGCGGAAAAUCCGCUGGUCGAAUCGCAAUCUUCGAGAAGUAUUCCAGCUACAACUGGACCAAGUGUUUCAUCUGCGAAGGCGACAACGUCGAUACCUACUACUAGUGCGAAGUCUGACCAUCAACAGCAAUCACCACGAAGAUCUACAAGAAUCAUCAAACCACCUCGAAGGCUGAAUCUGUAG